GCUCAGCCAUGGAAAUUCCCUGGGGAAAACAAUUCUGCUGCAGUGCAAACAAGCGGAGAGACCGAGAACUCGAGAGCGCUCUGCAAAAUGAUCCUCGUGGGUGUGUCACGAGUGGUUCCCAGUGGAAAAGUCUACAGGCAGAUAUUUGAUGAUGAGAUAAACCUGGUGCGUACUCUUGGGGAGGCAAGAAACAAGCUAGCACAGCAUAAACUGCCCCAGAUUCCAGGAAAUAUCCCCUUGGUGAAGGACAUCGAAACAUGUACCGGCCAUGGGUUUUUAACACAGCGUCAGCAGGCCUGGGUUGAGGGGAUGCCAAAUGAUGACUACACUGAAAAUCCAGUGCAAUACAAAGAAGCCACGACGCUGGCGUUUCUCAAGAGUCAGGAAGGCGAGAACGUGGUGGCGGCCCGAGAAGUCCGAGGCCUCGCUGAAGUCAUCAUUCCUGGGAAGAAAAACAGCAACCUCCUUGAGAGACUCUCAGAGAGCAGAAAAUGCCGUUACGAGGAUGCCGUGGCCGGACUCAAGGAGGAGUUGGCGAGCCUUGGGAAGGAGAUGGAACAGGCUAUACUGGAACCCGGGACGUUGUUUUUGAGGAAACUGUCGGAAUCGGAUCAAACCGUCGCGUCUCUUUUCCAAACCGUCGCAAGCGACACCAGUCUCGAGACUUACACCAUCGAAGACUUUGAGAAAAUGUGGUCCCUUGUCGUCCAGGAGACCUCGAAAAGAAAGCAGUGGAUUCGAGAACUGGAUGAAGCCCUGCUGAAGGCGGAGGCGGUUCGGACGGGACGGAUCAAAGACUUGCUGAAGAAAUACACCAAGAUGCUGGAAGACGCUUCCUAUCUCUUAUCCUCGGAUGUCCACAGGUUCAUACAUAAGGAAGCCAUGAUGAUCAACCAGGCACUCUUGGCUAAUCAGAGAGCCAUAGCCAGGCUGUUCGUUAACCUGACGGAAGCGCAUCUGAAGAGGGACGUCGACCAUCGAAGCCAGCUGGAGGAGCGGAAAAAGAUCUGGAAGGCGAUCAAAAAGGAAGGGGUGAUCUCCACUUUCAGAGAGUUCAUGGAAAGCGAAAGAAUCCAGAACCCAAACGCGGUGAAGACAGAAUUGGAGAACAUGCUGAAAGACCAGCGAUCGCUCCAUGAAAAGAGAACAGCGCUUCUGUACUCUCUGUGCAACCUGUUGCCUCCGACCCACUCUAAAGCCGAGGUCAAUGAAUGGUACGAAUCGGUGGUGGCCAUAAAUAAACGCAUAGACACUCACAACGUACAGUACAUGAUGAGAAUCCGUAUCCAGUACGAGAAGGUUUGCCAGGCGUGUUUAUCCAAAGUCGAGGAGUGCAAGCAAAAAUUGUUGGAGAUGAAAGUUUGCUCCGAACAAGAGGCCGAGAAAAUAGUGAACCCUUACUUCUUCCAGUUGGUGGGCAAGCUGCAGAGUCGGUUUGAGCGAGAGGUGGAAACGAUGGAUGACGACUUGGAACGCCUGGCGAAACACACAGAGGUCAACUGCCGGCACCUUUACCAGCACUUUCAGGACGCUCUCGUCCUUUUCGAUAAGCACCAGCGCCGCCUCGCUCAUCAGGAGGACGAGCUUCACAAUAAACUGAACGAAUGUCGGAACAAGCACGAAAACCUGAACAAGCUCAGGGAAGUUCAUCUGGACGUCUCUAUCGACAAACUGAGGACCCAAAGCUCGGACGAGAAGUUGAAAUCUCAGCUGGAGAAAAUUUACACCGCUUUGGACUUCAUUCGAGCGGGGUACACGGCUUUCCAUCAAGACCUCCUAUUGAAAAUAACGGCUCAUCCCGACCAUAUUCUGCACGAGCUGAUUUCCUACAGCCUCUCCCUCAGCCGCUAUUUUUACGUCAAGCAAAUCUAUAAAGGGAAACCCUUGAAGAAAACACAAUCUUUGACUGGUGAAGAAGAUGCAGCCAGUGGCUUGGAUGAAGCGGUAGGAACGGAGGAGACCUCGGAAGAUGCCGUCGGACACAGAAACGAAGACAGAGAACCACCAGAGGAGGAGGACGAAGAGGAGGAGGAGGAGGGGAUCGAAGAGGAAGAAGAAGAAGAAGGAGCUGCUGGGGCGAAGGGAUCCGAGAAGACGGAGAAACCAGGGGAGGCGGAGACCUCUACCCUGGAACGCAAAGGCAGGGACACCCCCACAGAAAAAUCCAGUUUUGUCCUGGGAAGCGACGACAUGGAGAAGUUAGAGGACGAGAGCAGUCCCCUACAGGAGGCCGGAGGUGCCCGCGAGGCCGACGACGGUGCAAAAUCAGCACCGAGAUCCUCAGAGGGAAGGGCGCCGGCGAGAGAAGUUUUCACAACAUCGAGCGGCAACAUCUACGAGCUCUUUGAACACCUGAGGAAGAGCAAGGCCAAGAAAUCUGAGAAAUAUUACACCGGAAAGCUGAAAAGCAGCUCACUGCCUCCCUACCUGCAACAGGUGUACCUCCCGGAAAGUUUCUUCAUAGAUCUAAGAAAUAAGCUCCGCCUGCAGUUCUUCGAACACUUGGAGACGUGGUUUGCCGACACCUUAGCCAAGACGUGGUCCGUCGUGGGGGCCAAGAAGGAGGAAGUCAACUCCGAAGUGCAGCUGCGCAUCCACCUUCACGAGCCGAGGCGGGAGCGCAUCGGGAAGGACAUUUACCACGUCCGUCUGGGUAUCCUGAGAUGUUUUUCCACCUUGCCAGUUGGGGAUGGAGAGGAGGGUGGUGGUCUCUCAGAGCCGGUCCUGUGUGGAUCUGGGAGCCCUGCGUAUUCUCUGCUGUUCCCGGCUUCAACCCGAAACAUGCCAUGCGCCCCCCUUUUUUUUUCUUUCUCAGCGGAACUCCGGUUUCACAGCGAGCGCUUGGCCCGCCACUGCGCCGGCGUGGUGGAAGCCUUGAACAAGGAGCGAGCCGCCUUCUUCAAGCUGCGCGAGGACCAGAACAACGUCAGCAGAACUUUCCGACACAGGAUCCAGGACAUGGAAAACAUCUUCCUGACAGAGAGCCGGGCCGAGAGGCUGGUGAGCCUCAGCAACAACCUGCACAUUGAGCUGAUCAACCACGUGGAGGUGAUGCAGCUUUCCCUGCGAAGCUACCGGCAGUAUUUGGAGGAAGCCCUGGGGAAGCUACGAGAGGCCAACACCGACUUCCUGAGAGCGUGCAGAUUAUUUGCGGACGGGGGCAAUUUUUCUUCCGAGGAGCUCGACGUCUUCAUGAAACGGCUGCAUAAGGAGAAUGGGCGCAUUGAUUUUGUCGAAGGCCUGAUCAUGAUUGACCUGGAAAAAAUGGAGUCCACUUACCUGGAACAGGCUACGGAGGUGAUUGGCAAGUUUGAGAACCGGUUUCGUUUUCUGGCCAUGGAUCGUGUUUUCAUGGAGAAAAUCCAGCGGUUUCUAACGAACAUUCAAGUGAAAAUCAAAUCAGAGGUGGCCAUAUCGAACGUGCAGACUCAGACAUUAAACUCCCUUUUGGAGAAGCUGGUUCUCCGAAUUGAUGCUUGCGCCCAUCCCAAUGUGGAUAAGGAAUCCAUCACUCCCGAGGAACUCUACGAAUUUGCCAUGUCGGUGAUGGAAGAACUGAAGACGAGAAGCAAAUACCUCAAUUGCCUUCUGCCAGGACUGGAGCCCGUGGUUUCCACAUUGAACGGUCCCUCCGUCCGGGCCUCCCUCACCAUCUCCUUCCCGUCGGUCCUUUCCGUGCAAGAGGCCAAGCCGACGGUCAUGGGCGUGGAAUGCACCGCCCUGCUCAACCCCAGCCGGAUGGGGAAGCCAGCCUUCGAUGAUGCGGCGCUCAGUGUGAUCCGGCACCUCACUGGAUUCCAGCGUUUCCGGAAAGUCAUCGACACGGCGCAAGACAGGGAACGCUCGCAGUCGAUUGGGGGAGAAGGAGGAAGCGGGCAGCCGGAUCUUUCACUUCUGAUGCCCCCUGGCACGAGAGGCCGAGCAGACAGCCUGCCGGGUGGCCAGAACGCCGCGCCCGUCCCUGUGAAAAAUUCCACCUCCGUUGGCAAACGGGUGUCAAGAAGCACCAGUUCCACUCAAAAAUACGUCAAACUCACCCGGGCGGACAGGAAGCUGCAGAUCUUUGGGGACAAGCCGAAAGAGACGGACAACGACCAUUUUAAAGGCAUCAUCUUCAGCCUCGUCUGGGACAGUUUUGAUAAUCUGAUGGGUGUCGCUGAGGAAUUCUAUAGACGAGAUAAGCAUCAAAUUACUAGACCCGAAUACCUGCAAGAAACCUUUGAACAGUGUAUCGAUGUUUUGGGCCAGAAACUUCUCAUGUACCUGCAGCAAGCAGAUGAGUAUCACGUGGCCUGCGUUUCUGAGUUUCGGGGUCAGUUGCAGAGAUUUGAGGAGUUGCUCCCACGUGUCAUCCAGCUAGUCGUUUGGAAGUGUCUAAAAGAUCACGAACACCUUCUUUUUGAAUCUACGGAGAAGAUCCAGGGCCAUCUCCAAGACCAGCUGCAGAAGUUAGACCUUGCAAAGGACAAGAACAAAGCGAAACUUUGCCCAACGCUGGGACACCCCCAUAACCUUCCCCAGCUGGAGGCGCUGAAAAAGGAUUUGAGUUCUCUUCCGGUGCUCCAGACUGAAGACGUUUUUCUGCUACCCGUUCCCUUCAAGGACAAGAACAAAGCGAAACUUUGCCCAACGCUGGGACACCCCCAUAACCUUCCCCAGCUGGAGGCCUUGUGCCAAGAGGAGACGGAGAGGCAGGAGGACCAAGCCGAGGGGAUCCGGCUCUCCAACGAGCAACUCGAGGACUGUGUCAUCGAAGGCGCCCAGAGGUUUGUCUCCGCGCUGGCCGCCUGCACAGAGAAGAUCCUGGCAGAGCUGGAUGACAGCCUCACCUUUGAUGACGUACAACAGGGAAAAACCGAGACCCCUCGGGAAAAGACAAGCACUCUCCUGCGACGUAAAAAAGCAGGCCUUUCCUUAGAGAUUGAAGAAUGUAGGCUGCUGGUUGAACGGGGGAGCAGGUAA